GCCUAACAUUAUUAUAUGUGCUUUCUGCAGCAACAGCAUUUAAUCGAGUUGAUUCGCCAGCGUGAGACAGAGGCAGCUUUGGAAUUUGCCCAGACCCAGCUUGCUGAGCAGGGAGAGGAGAGUCGGGAGUGUCUGACUGAGAUGGAACGUACACUGGCUCUACUAGCUUUUGAUAAUCCAGAAGAAUCGCCGUUUGGGGAUCUGCUUAAUAUGAUGCAGAGGCAAAAGGUUUGGAGUGAGGUGAAUCAGGCAAUUUUGGAUUAUGAGAAUCGUGAAUCAACACCUAAGCUAGCCAAACUGCUGAAACUUCUAUUAUGGGCACAGAAUGAGCUGGACCACAAGAAAGUUAAAUAUCCUAAGAUGACAGACCUCAGUAAGGGAACAAUUGAGGAACCCAAGUAAAGGCGAUAUGGUGGGACUGAACAGGAUUAUGAAGCAGCUUGCUGUACAUUUACUGAUUACAGUAUAUGAGAGAGAACUAUAAUAAGGUCACUAAUAAAUGACAGAACAUGUGAAUAUGACUUUAUGGGUAAGAAUAAUCACAUUUAAGGCUGGGAUGAAAUCCAAAGCAUCACCAACACAUUACAUGGGAAUGCCAUCAAAUGGCUGCUGAAGGGUCAAGAGAGUGCAAGAUUCACCCCAGUCCUAAAUUCAUUUUUAUGGUAAUUUAUAACUUUACCAACUUCACACGUUGGACUGAAAAUACUGAGUAUUUACGUUUGGUUGCUGUAUAGGGUUUCUAUUCACACUUUCUUUGCUUCAUAUGCCAAUGGUUCCUAAGUGUAUGUUUAUAUAUUUUCAAACCAACUUUGCUAAAUAUCUGCCUGUUCGCGAUUAAUAUCCAUAUUACAUCUGAAACUGACCUCAUAAUUUAUUUCUUUUGAAAUAUCCUUAGUGUCUUUGUUCUUAAUAUAGUAUCUUUCUUCUAUUAAAAUGAUUUGGAGCUGGUUGUGGAUGUAACAUGGAUACUAAGAAUGUAAUUAGUACAAACUAACUUUUCAUUUUACAUUUUCACAGUCUCAUUAAAAUUUUUCCACUGUUUGAGAAGAAGUUCAAAUGUUUGUUAAUUUUCAUAAAGUAGCCAUGCUAUCAAACUAAAAUUCACAAGCUUGUAAGUCAUAUUAUUUAAUCUCAAGGUUUUGUAUAUUUUGUAGCAAUGAGUCAUUUCAAUAUGAGUUGUUUGUAUAUAAUGCAAUUCCUUGCAGAAAUGAGUAGUUUGAUUUCCCAAUACACAAGUGCUUUACGCUUUGAAAUUCAUCCAUUGUGCUUUUAAACCCUUCUUUUGUGUGUGCAUUGCGUGUCUUGAGCUUAUUGAUAUGUUCUGUUUUUAAAAACAAAACCUAAGAUGUUAAUUUAUCAUUGCGUAUAUCAGCGAAUACUUUGAGAGUGUACAAUGGAAAGACAUUGACAACUAUUUUAAUUAGUUUUAUAGGUAAGGAAUGCAGAUUGUGUGUGUUAGGUAUUUUUCAGACAAAAUAGUUGAUGGUACUUAUUUAAUUUUGCAGAACUUUUUAUUGUUAGUUUAGAAGAAAAACUCCACAUGCCAUCAUCUGUCUUGUAAAUAUUCCCUAUAUUGAUUUUAAACAUGUAACUGAAGUAUAGAUGAAUAUUGAUCCAAGACUAAUGAGAUCGAUUUUACAGAAAUAGAUGCAGAUGUUCAUUAUUAAACAAAAAAAACAAACCUGCGGAUGUUGGAAAUCAGAAACAAAAACAGAAAUUCUGUUUUUGUUUUAAAUGUUCACUACUUCUCCCCUACCCCCUCCACCCACCACACUUGUUUUUAAGGUUUGCUCAUAAUCAAUUUAAUACUUUAGGGGCUUAUACUCGGGAAGCUUGCCACGGCACUGAGAAUGCUUUGUAUCUUGGAUAUAUCUUCUAAACCCUGUUAUAAAUUUUUAAGAUUCUGUAGCGAAGCCAUUGAAGUUGAUUUUAUGGAAAAUAGUCCCCUUCUGAGUAGUUUUAAUACUUUUCUCAGCAAACGUACAUUAUCUUUUCAAUCUAAAAUUUGUACCAUUUAUCUGUUUCAGUUACCCGAAAUGCAUAUCUAAGGGAUAAACCAUUAUAUAGGCGGUUUGACUGUACACCCAGUUAUGCUACCUUUAUAGUAAUGCUGUCUUGCCUCUCAAUUCAUCUGAUAGAUAUGAACGUCUUUUUAGUGAAUUCAGCAGCACCGUGCUAAUUUUUUUAGCUUCCUGAGAAAAUUGAGCAUGCUCCCAGAGAUUACAGUUUCAAAAUGCCACAACCUGAACUAAUUAACAACUUACUCUUACAAAUGGUGAGGCCUUCUAAUAGUUUGCAGAUUAAGACAGCUACUGUACAAUUAAAUAAAAGUACAAGAUGAUUAAAUGUUAAAAAUACAAAAAUGUGAAAACCCAUAAUUAGCAAUUUAUCCAUUGUAAAAACUAUUUGGAUAACUAAUGGAAAAAUUCAAAAAUCUGGCUUCUAAGCAACUCUUGUUUAAGAUGGUGUCAUGCAGUGUAUUGUCUUGAGCAGUGUGUAGACUGGAAGGUUUUUUUUUUGCUUGAGUACAUACCAGAAUGCUGAGGAAUACACAAGACCAGAAGGACAAUUAUGAUUCAUUGACCUAAACAUAAAGUUAAUGAGUGUCUUUUAAGUCCCUCUCUCUGCAGCCAAAAAUAAUAUAUCUGGCUUCUUGAAUGUGCUAAAACUUUGUAUCUGCUGUCUUCGUGGAAAGCUUUUCUAUAUUUUGAUCAAUCUUCCCACAAAAAUCAUUUUAACCUUGUUCAUAACUUAUCUUUAAAUCAUUAACAUGCGUUUUUCCUACCAUUUACUUCAGUUUUUAUUCUCAUGCUCUCUUUCAUUUUAAAAUUCUUUUAAAAAUGCAUUUAAAUCUUUUUUCUUUUUGUUAUUCCCAGUUUUCAUGAAGAAAAUAACAUGAGAGGGAACUUAGCAUUGUAUAAAAUAGAAAUAAAAUUAUGGUAAAUCCAGAACACUACUGCAAUACAAUAUACAAGAAUUGGUGAAAAGACAAGUUGUGACUGAGGUCAGAAGGAAUUUGUCAUAUUAAUGAAUCAUUCCCACUUGGAUUGUUCUAGCUAGAGAGAUGGAGACAAAAGAUUUUAAAUUCAUUAGAUAAAUGAUGAAGGGCAGAAACAUAUUUUUUUUAAAAAGAAUGUGGAUGAAUGAACUUGGUACUCUAUGUGAAUUAGAUUGGUCACUGGGGAGAAAGAUAGUGCUACGAAACAUUGUACGUUGCAGAAUAUUAUUUUUAACGUACAAUUUUGAAUGAUUAGAAACAUCUUUAGAAUUAACUGAAAAGGUUAUAUUCUUUCCUCAAAAACAGGAGUGUUGACAUUAUUUUGGUGGCAAAACCUUCCAUGAAUGCUUAAGGUUAAUUAUUAAUAAAUAAGAGUCUAAAAUUUACUUAAUUUCCUUUUAGAUUUCAUAGUUUGUCAUUUGGAUAUAACAAUUUACAAAUAAAAGUUUUGUUUAUGUUUGAUCAGUA